AUGAUGAAAAGCACAAUACCCUCCAGGAUCUGGGAGACCAAACGCGUGCUGAUUACCAAAUUAUACGAGGAGGAGGAAUGGCCUCUGAAGCAGGUAAUCAAGGCGCUGCAGUCCAAGGACUUCCAUCCAAGUGAGACCCAGCUGAGGAGUCGACUGAAGAAAUGGCACGUUACAAAACCCUCCCGCAAGAAGUUGUCUACCAGCAAGGGGUCGACGUGUGAAGCGAAAACUGCGCCCGAGAGAUGUGGCUCACAGCAUGAAGUUCCCCUUAGCACGGAGAUUGCGAUGCAUAAUUCUCUCUGCCCCGGGUCAACUUCUGCUUCACCCUUGCAAGGACUGCUUGUUCCAGCAAGUUCGGAAUCCCCUUGCUUUCCCGCCGCCGGUUCUUCAGUCCAGCCUUUCGGAUACACACACACCAUCCCGGAAAGUGGAUAUGUCUUUGCAACGUCGCGACCCAGCCUUUCAGAUCGUCGGUUCUCCUCACAGUCAACGCCUGACUCCUCGGGAACAGAAAAUGAACCGGGGGGCUCGCUGUAUCGGUGGCCGACUUGCUUUGAUCCCGCUGGUCUCGGAGUUGCGACAUCUGUCAUUGACCCCUUGUUAUCAUCAUCGACUCAUGCACCCGUGAUUCCUUCCCCGAUGGAAUAUUCACAAUCAGGCACGGAAUUGGAGCCCAAUCUAGCCACCCAACCUCGGCUGAGUGUUGGUCUCUUGCGGACUGAUGUCAAGCCAAGUCCAUAUCCUCGCGAGCUGCAAUCCGAGAGAAACAUUGCGCCCGCAGCUUUCCUCAAUAGUCGAGAGAAUGAGCGAGUGAGAAUUUACGGGACGGAGACGAAUUUCGCACUCGAGGGUGUUGAGGGUUACCCGGCAUGGAUAGGCCCGUAUGAUGCGUACACGGUAGCAUAUCCUGCGCCCAAAGUCUUGCAGCCACCCCUCUGGCCGCUUGGCAGCAAUGUUGUUUCAGAUGGGCUUCGGUAUUGA